AUGAACCUCAGCACUUGGGAGGACAUGGCAAACGGGACAAGUGUGGAGGAAUUCAUCCUUCUUGGCUUCCCAGGCACAUGGCAUUCCCACGUUUCCCUUGUGGUGGUAUUUGCACUGACAUACUCCCUGGCAGUAACAGGCAAUGCAACCAUCAUUGCCCUGGUGUGGGUGAACAGCACCCUCCAGACCCCCAUGUACUUCUUUCUCUGCAAUCUCUCCUUUCUGGAGAUCUGGUACACUACAGGGGUUGUUCCCAAAGCCCUAGGAGUCAUGCUGGGCACUAGCCAAACCAUCUCCUUCAGUGCCUGCAUCCUCCAGUUAUUCUUUCUUGUCUCCCUUGGCUCCACAGAGUGCUUUCUUCUCUCUGUCAUGGCCUAUGACCGCUACUUAGCCAUAUGCUACCCCUUGAGAUACAGCUCCAUCAUGACCAGUGUCCUCUCUGCUCGGCUGGCACUCAGCUCCUGGCUGGGAGGCUUUCUGGCCAUCUCGCUGCUGGCCUUUCUGACAUCCAGGCUGACCUUCUGUGGGCCAGAGGUCAUCAAUCAUUUCCUCUGCGAUAUAGAUUCCUGCCUUGCCCUCUCCUGCAGUGACACGUGGCCUGUGGAAUUGGCAACCUUUCUGGUCUCCAUGAUUGUUGUGGUGGCCUCCUGUGUGGUCACCCUGGUCUCCUACAUAUACAUCAUCUCUUCCAUCCUGAGGAUCCAGUCAGCCCGUGGCCGGACAAAGGCCUUUUCCACUUGCUCUGCCCAUCUCAGUGUUGUCACAAUCUGGUAUGGCUCCACUAUGUUCCUGUAUGUCAAGCCAUCAGCCCAGAACUCCCUGGACCUGAACAACCUUGUGAACACCUUUAACACUGUUGUAACUCCUGUGCUGAACCCCUUCAUUUACACACUCAGGAACCAAGAAGUGAAGCAAGCUCUGGGACAGGCUUUCCAGAAAAAGUGA